AUGGUAGAUCACCAGUGGACGCCAUUACAGAAGGAGGUUAUCUCAGGCUUGUCUGCGGGAUCCAUCACCACAUUGGUAGUACACCCAUUAGAUUUACUCAAGGUUCGUUUGCAGUUAUCUGCUACAAGUGCACAAAAGGUCCAUUAUGGCCCAUCUAUGGUAAUCAAAGAGGUUAUACGUUCGUCGGCGAGUACCGGGCAUAGUGUUAUAAACGAACUGUAUCGCGGAUUAAGCAUAAAUUUAUUUGGAAAUGCCAUUGCAUGGGGGGUUUAUUUCGGUUUAUAUGGUGUCACGAAAGAACUGAUUUACAAAUCAGUGACAAAGCCAGGGCAAACACAGUUUAAAGGCGUCGGUAAUGACCAUAAGAUGAAUUCGCUCAUCUAUUUGUCUGCUGGCGCUUCCAGUGGGUUAAUGACUGCCAUUUUGACAAAUCCUAUCUGGGUUAUAAAGACAAGAAUAAUGUCUACAAGUAAAGGUGCCCAAGGAGCGUACACUUCUAUGUACAAUGGUGUGCAACAAUUGUUACGAACUGAUGGCCUACAGGGCCUAUGGAAGGGCCUUGUACCUGCACUAUUUGGUGUUUCGCAGGGCGCUUUGUAUUUUACAGUUUACGAUACUUUAAAGCAAAGAAAAUUGCGACGGAAGAGCCAAAAUGGGCAGGACAAUCACUUAACGAACCUUGAGACCAUUGAAAUCACAUCGUUGGGGAAAAUGAUUUCCGUCACUUUGGUUUACCCUUUUCAAUUAUUAAAAUCAAACUUGCAAAGUUUUAAGGCCAAUGAGCAAAAAUUCAAGCUCUUUCCUUUGAUAAAAUUAAUCAUUGCUAAUGACGGCUUUGUUGGACUUUAUAAGGGUUUAUCCGCAAACUUAUUGCGAGCUGUUCCAUCCACUUGCAUUACGUUUUGCGUUUAUGAGAACCUUAAACAUAGGCUGUAG